UGUUUGUUGUGAUGUGAAGAGAAGAGGAGGUUACUCGGGGAGAGAAGAGAAAAAAAGGAAAAAAAUAAAAAUAAUAUUUCUCUAGAAGGUUGCAGGCCCAAUAGACGAUUGAACACAUAUUUUGGCAUACUUCAGAGUCUUUUUCAUUGAAGUCCGUGAGAGAACAGAGCAGUUCAAACAGCAUUGCAAAACAUUAUCAAUCUGCGUUGAUUCCUACAUACUCGGCAACAUUGUCAAAAUGUUAUUGAACCCUUCCCCUCUAAAACAAGAAAGAAGUGAACCAUCGUUGACCUAGCGGUUUCUUCACAGUGAUGACUUCUUUGAUGCUAAGAGAGCUUUGAAGGACGCACAUAACCCGAAGCCUCUAAAAUGCUGUUUCGACCUUACACCCUUGUCAUUCGAGGGUUGAAAAGCCCAAUCCAGAUAGUACUGCACCAGCCCAAACAGAAGUUGACGACUCUCAGUAUUAUCCCUCUGCGCCCAGCGAAAUUGUUUUUGCGCAGUCAGAUCUGCUUUUCUAGAAUUUUCAGCAGCUCCACGGAGAAACCUGUUGAUGAUGUUGGAAAUGAACCAAAACCAGAGGAGAAGGUCACAGUCAAACUGAAAGAGGUCGUCGCAAAGGCUCUUCCAAAGAGGAGGCAGAGGGUCGACUCCUCCGCCACUUCUUUGGAGAGGAACUUUGUGACGCCUUUGCGAGCCAUGAACGAUUUCUUGCUCAAACAAAAUGAGCUAGACGAAUUGAGAAAAAUUCAGCGUCGCUCCCCGUUCGAGAAUGAGCCACCCAUUACUGUUUACUGGCGUAGGGACAUCGAAGCUAAAGCCAUGGAAGUGUGGGGCAGUAAGGAAAAUCUGCAGAAUGAGCUGGUUAAGCGGGAUGCUGAGCGCCGCCGUUACCAACAGAACAUCUUCACAGUGAAACGGGUGCUCAGAGACUACAGGAGGGAGCAGCGAACCAAACCUGAGUCCGUGCCCAAAGAUGCUGGACUCAUGAGCAGCACUGGCAAGGUGGUUCUGACUGCUGUGAUCAUCAACGCGUCCAACUUCCUCUUCAAGCUGUUCGCCUGGCUGUACACGGGCUCUCACAGCAUGUUCUCAGAAUGCAUCCAUUCGUUCGCAGACACAGCAAACCAGCUGAUCCUGUGCUUUGGCAUCCACAAGUCGGUGCAGCGGGCGGACAUGGACCACCCGUAUGGCUACAGCAACAUGCGCUAUGUUUCCUCACUCAUCUCAGGCGUGGGCAUCUUUUGCGUUGGAACUGGACUCUCGCUGUACCACGGUAUCACCGGCCUCAUGCACCCGCAGCCCACAGAGCCCUUCUUCUGGGCAUUCUUCAUCCUUGGUGGCUCUAUGGUGUCGGAGGGCGCCACUCUGCUGGUGGCGGUCAACUCGAUCAAGAAGGGCGCCAGGGAGACUGGCAUGACCUUCACUGAAUACGUGCUCAGGGGCCAAGACCCCAGCGUAAACGUAGUGUUACUCGAGGACCUAGCUGCCGUACUGGGUGUGGCCAUAGCAGGCACCUGCAUGGGCCUAACCGUCCACUAUGGGAGCCACAUUCCCGAUGCUGUGGGAUCGCUGCUGGUUGGCGGACUCCUUGGAACGGUGGCCUCGUUCAUCAUUUACACCAACACCGCAGCUCUGGUCGGUCGGUCUAUUCCUCAGGAGCGAAUUGACAAGAUCAACGCUGAGCUGGAGUCGGACGUGAUGGUGCGUGCCAUCCACGACGUUAAAGGUAUCGACAUGGGCAACAGUCUGGUGCGGUACAAAGCUGAGAUUGACUUCGACGGCGGGGAACUAGCCCGGUCCUACUUGGACAAGCAGGAGCUGAGCGCACUGUUGGAAGAGAUGCAACGGAUGACCACCAUCGAGGAAGUGGAAGCGUUUGUCCUGAAGCAUGGCGAGAACAUAGUCGACAUGCUCGGUGCUGAGAUAGAUCGAAUUGAAACAAAGCUGAGGAAAAAGCAUCCCGAGAUCAGGCACUGUGAUUUGGAAGUUUUGUAAAAUAAUAUUAUUGAUAAUGUUAUAUCCAGUUGUAUUAAAUGCAAUACAGAUAAAUGUUACAGGGGAGGAGUGUUCUUGAUUGUCUGGGCAAAUAAUAGAAAUUAUUGAUGCGAUAAUUAUUUACGCCAACAUUUUUGUUUUGUAAAUUUUUAGACUUUUAGGAACGACAUUCCUCCUCUACUGCUGGGUAUGUUUAACAUACAAUGUAAACGAGUGCAAAUAGAUGAUCAUUAUGGCUUCUAACUAUGAGCAAAAUUAAUUUUUUUCCUAGGAAUAUGAUAAAUUAAGCCACACAUUUGAGCUGCCCAAUAAUAAUUUAUUAAAAAUCA